AACAAAAAAGCUUGGGGAGGAUGAUUGAGGAAAGUGGGAACAAGCGGAAGACCAUGGCAGAGAAGAGGCAGCUGUUCAUAGAAAUGCGUGCUCAGAAUUUUGAUGUCAUACGACUAUCAACUUAUAGAACAGCUUGCAAAUUACGAUUUGUACAAAAACGAUGCAACCUCCAUCUUGUUGAUAUCUGGAACAUGAUUGAAGCCUUCCGAGACAAUGGCCUUAAUACACUGGACCAUAGCACUGAGAUCAGUGUGUCCCGCCUCGAAACUGUCAUCUCCUCUGUCUACUACCAGCUGAAUAAGCGCCUGCCUUCUACUCACCAAAUCAGCGUGGAGCAGUCCAUCAGCCUCCUCCUCAACUUUAUGAUUGCUGCAUAUGACAGUGAGGGCCGAGGCAAGUUGACCGUAUUUUCAGUUAAAGCUAUGUUAGCAACCAUGUGUGGUGGAAAAAUGCUGGACAAAUUGAGAUAUGUUUUCUCCCAGAUGUCAGAUUCCAAUGGCUUAAUGAUAUUUAGCAAGUUUGACCAGUUUCUGAAGGAAGUUCUGAAGCUCCCAACAGCUGUCUUUGAAGGGCCAUCUUUUGGUUACACAGAGCACUCAGUCCGCACCUGUUUUCCACAGCAGAAAAAGAUAAUGCUGAAUAUGUUUUUAGACACAAUGAUGGCCGAUCCUCCCCCCCAGUGCCUUGUCUGGCUACCUCUCAUGCACAGGCUCGCCCAUGUUGAGAAUGUCUUCCAUCCUGUGGAGUGCUCCUACUGCCGCUGCGAGAGUAUGAUGGGUUUCCGGUACCGAUGCCAGCAGUGCCACAACUACCAGCUCUGCCAGAACUGCUUCUGGCGUGGCCAUGCCAGUGGCCCUCACAGCAACCAACACCAGAUGAAGGAGCACUCCUCCUGGAAAUCCCCUGCAAAGAAGCUGAGCCAUGCAAUUAGUAAAUCUUUGGGGUGUGUACCCACCAGAGAACCCCCGCAUCCUGUUUUUCCUGAGCAACCAGAGAAACCACUUGACCUUGCAAAUAUAGUUCCGCCUCGUCCGCUGGCUAAUAUGAAUGACACCAUCGUGAGCCACACGUCCUCUGGAGUGCCCACCCCCACCAAGAGGUUACAGUAUAGCCAGGAUAUACCCAGUCCCUUGGCCGAUGAGCAUGCGCUGAUAGCCUCCUAUGUGGCCCGUCUUCAGCACUGUGCACGUGUCCUGGACAGUCCCAGCCGACUGGAUGAGGAACACCGACUUAUAGCUCGCUAUGCUGCCCGGCUGGCUGCAGAAGCUGGAAACAUGACCCGUCCUCCCACUGACCUGAGCUUUAACUUUGAUGCCAACAAACAACAAAGACAGCUUAUUGCAGAACUGGAAAACAAAAACAGGGAGAUCCUGCAGGAGAUCCAGCGUCUCCGUCUGGAGCAUGAGCAGGCUUCCCAGCCCACCCCUGAGAAGGCACAGCAGAACCCCACAUUGCUGGCGGAGCUGCGGCUGCUGAGGCAGAGGAAAGACGAGCUGGAGCAGAGAAUGUCGGCCCUGCAGGAGAGCAGGCGUGAGCUGAUGGUUCAGCUGGAAGGGCUCAUGAAGCUGCUGAAGGAGGAAGAGCAAAAGCAGGCAGCUCAGGCCACAGGGUCACCACAUACAUCGCCCACUCACGGAGGCGGCCGCCCCAUGCCCAUGCCUGUCCGCUCCACGUCGGCCGGCUCCACCCCCACCCACUGCCCGCAGGACCCGCUGAGCGGAGUCGGGGGAGACGUGCAGGAGGCCUUUGCACAAGGUACGAGGAGAAACCUCCGCAAUGACCUGCUGGUGGCCGCUGACUCCAUCACCAACACCAUGUGCUCCCUGGUGAAGGAGCUGCACUCAGGGUCACUGGCCGCCUUGGACUUGUUUUCACAGCAGAGGAAGGUACAGAGGAAGAAGAAGAGAAGCAGCAGAAUGGGAAAGACAGAGAACCAAGGGAUGGGCUGCACCCCCAGAUGUAACAGCUCCCCAGAUUCGGGGUGGCUUCGUUUCCAUGUUAGUACUGUUCUCCUUCUCCCAAGAGAUGCCUGUCUCCACGGCUGUUUUAUGUUUGUGGCAGUUGCUGGCUGUAGGUUAGCAGAGGAGCCGGGACAGAGAGGAAGCGCAGGGCACAUGCAGCAAGCUGGCGUUGACAUGAGGAAGGCGAGGCCCUCCCCCAGAGGCGCAUUCCUGUCCAUCUUUCUGCUGCACACCUGGACCAGGCUUGCAGGCUGCCAGAUGUCACUACCUGGCAGGGAGAGGGGAGCCCCAGCCAGUGGGAAGUGGGAGGGGCUGCCCGGGGCCACUGCCCCUUGCACAGUCCUGCAUGAACUAGCAUCUUCCUCACUCCCCUCAGGCCAUGGUCUCAUCUCUGCAACAGGAAUUUACCGGGAGGUUGAAAAGAGAAAAGAAACAGCAUGAAUCUCCUGUGUGUGUGACCUGAUGGAGUUCUUGCCGGCACAUGGGGUGCUCCCCAGGGUGGGGGCCCAAGUUGCCUUCCUACCUUUGACCUUUAAAAACCGACAAAUUUUCUUCCCUGUAUCGUGCAAAGACGGCUUCAGGCCUUGCUCAGUUUUACAGACAUUCACACCCUGGCCACAGUGCUAAAAAUAGCCUCCUUCCUUUCUCUCGCACUGGUGAGGCUUCCGCCCGCCCCGUUUGAUGCCGGGGCUCUGCAGCCUAGGCGGGAAGGGAGAGCGCAGAGCUCUGCCCUGCAGCCCUGGACGGUUCCUCCUCCCGCAGCCGAGGAUUCUCUGCCGCAAAGCCAGCAGCUGGCCGGGCAGGGAGCACUGAUCCGUGACCGCCAGAGGGAGCACUGACCCCCAGGCGCUGUGCUCGUGCAGCCUCUCCCCUGCUCGGGGUUCCACUAUGCUCUGGCACUCAUGAUAAUCAAUCCCAAUUCCCGGUGAUUUUCAUUUAUUUUUUUUCUGCUCCCUGGGCUCCAGGAUGUUAUUUUUAGUAGGAGAACUGCUAUAAAUAUUUAUAAAGGGCAGUGACUGGAAUGAAGUGAGAGGCCCCACAGCUGGCUCUCUCACCCCCCCCACCACACACGCCUCUGCAGACAGACCCCUGCCCACUGCCGGGGGAGGCCGGUGCAGAGCCAGUGGGCUCAGCCCGUAGCCACACACGGAGACAGUCACAUGGAAAGCUCGUGAGGGCGUAGCCAGGGCAACACAGGGGCGGGGGUGACUGCAUCCUUCCCUCUCACAGUCCCUGCUCCCUGUUACUCCCACCCCCGAAGGAGGUGAAGGCUUGUGUGAGGCAGUGCUGUGCCCUGCUAGGCCCAGCGCCUCCAUGUCAGGAAUACGAGGUGUGAGGGGCAGGUGCCACCUGGAUCCCUCCAGCUGUGUGACAGCAAAAAGGAAAUGGGAGCCUGAGGAGAAGCCCCCAUGCCUGCGGAGGGCUUGCCUCCCACAGCAGCUCCGGAACGCUGCCUCGCCUCAACUGUGACCUCCAGCGAGCCGAGGCCCUGGAGGGCCAGCAGUGGCUCUGGUAAAAUAAAAACACUGGCGAAAAGGUUCUCCCACACACUGAGGAAAUGGGGAUCCAGCCUUGCCUGGAGGGCCAGAUGGGGCAAGAAUGAAAGUGACCAUAUGGAAAGUUCUGGGAGACACUCCGUGCCAACCAAUGGUGAGAUUAGGUGUGGGGGGACUGCAAGAGGGUCUCAGGGAUGACCCUGUGGGGUGAGUAUGUGCUUCUCCCACAAUCCUGACUUCCAUCACGUUGUACCCUGCCCCUGAAGACAGGGCCGAAUCCCACCUCCCAGUUCCUCACAUGAACUGCUUGCUUCUUCCAGAGCAGAAAGAGCCAAGGAACAGUCCGAUUAAAAGCACCAGUGGCUCCGAACCAGCCAGGUGCUCAGGCCGGCUACGGUGCACGUGGUGCGCACAGUGUCCUCCGGGCCCCGGGCAUGCCCCUCCACAAGGGAGGCUGCCCGACUCCACAAGGCCUCCGACCACCACUCAGCAGGUGCUCAAGCCAAGGAGGAGCCUCAAUUUCUCAACCCCCAGAGAGGCUCUGCACUCCAGCCUCUCCCCUGCCCCUGGGAGAUGAGAAGGGGGACCAAGGAGAGCCAUGGGGAUGAGCUCAGAUGCCAGCACGACAGUGCACGGGGCGUGGGGUUUUAUAUAAAUUCUCGUUGACAGCUGCGUUCUUUUACAGCAAGAAUAUCCACCAUUACCUAAGGCCCCGAGGUGCCUCCUGACUUCUUGGCAUCUGCUGUAGAAUGCAGAUCUGUAUCAGAAGUUAGGAGCUGGUCCCUUUGCUCAACUCUGACCUAGAACACAGGUGUCAUGGGGGGGGGGCACUUCCUUCGUAAUUGCUCUGCGACCAUUCAGGAGUCCAAUUGAACCUGAGCAGAGUAUCUUUUAAGAGAAGUGAUAUACUGUCGGCACCACCGGCCCCCUGGGCUGGUGUUUUGUAGCUGUGAAGACCCCUGGAGAGGUCCUGAGCGCGUUCUGGGUCUCCAGGAGGUGGUGGUGGUUCCGCCAAGCUCAGGCCCAGAACUGCCAGCCGCGCCCAGCUUCCGUGUACGGGCAGCCCCCUCAUCUGCUGCUCAUUCCUUAUCCACUGGCAGACUCCCCCUCUUUCGCAUUGCUUACUCCCUGCUCCCGUAGUCCGUGACAGCUUCAGAAAGGUACAGUUGCUAUGGCAAUGCCUGGAGCCAUCUGAAUUCCUGCUGCACCUUCUGGAAGAAAAGGGCUUACGAAGAACCAUUCAGUGGAUUCCAAAUCUAGCCUCCCCUGGCUCUCUUGAGCCAGGGGCCAGAUGCCUGUUAGAAACUGGGAGUGUGGGAGGUAGAUAGCCCAUCUUCCUUGGAAAGAUACCCCUAAGGCUGCAAGCCUGACCGUGCACCCGAUGUUCUCCAUGUGCGGAUCAGAAAACUAAGUGAGGCUUCCUGCCUGGCUCUCAGGUAGGACACUAUUCCAGUGGUCCUCAAACUCAGAAUCCGAAUCCCCUGGAAGGCUCGUUAAUAUAUGGAGAGCCAGGUCCCACCCCCCGUUUCUGAUUCAGUAGCAGUUCUCACAGGCUCCUGGGUGGUAGUGGCCCUGCUGGUCCAAAGACUACAUUGUGAGGACCACUGGGCACGCUUACGAGUAGGAAAAAAGUCUCAGGAGCUGUGGCCAAUCUGGUGGAGAAAGUCCAGAAUCUGUGGUCUGUUCUAAAGGAAGAAAAAGAGGGGGGUCUCAGCAAUCAUUUUUCUUGGUUAGGUGCUCUGGGGAACAUGUGCUGAGACAAGGGUCCUACACUUUUUUUCUUUCCAACAAUCAAUAAACACAGACCUUCCCCCUAGAUGUGUAAGAGGGGGCAGCAUCACAAGACAGGUCAUGAAUGUACAGAAGACCGAUAUCCCAGAUGUCCAGGGACUGAGUGGGUCUUGCACGGUCUAGAGUCUUAGCAAUGGGGGAGGCUAAGGGCCUGCCUGGCUCCAGAAGGAGAUGGGGAGACGUGGGGUAACAGUCACCUGACCCCCACAGUUGGAGCUUUUACACCAAAAUGCUUUCUCCGAAUGCAAAUACCAUAUGCCACUCCAAACCCCAUGUUUGGGCCUCAGCUGGGUUGCUCUCGGCCUACCUGAGGCUCUGACCCCCCAAGUAUAAUUCUAAGAGGAAAUGAUUACUGCAGGGCCCAAGAUAAGGUUGCAAGCCUUCCCAGUUCUGAAGAGCAGAUCCCACGGGUUCCGACACAUCUGCAUUCUUAACCCUGCAUGGAAAACCAGGUCUGUGGGUGAUGGGCUUGGUGUCUUCUCCGAGGCGUGCUUGCGAGCAGGUGGGGCGUGCUGGAGCCAUCAGCCCUCUGCCUCCUACUCCAAGGGACACAGCUAAGGGAGGGCCAUGGUGUAAAAGAAGUGGGCAUCAACUCAGUUUACAAGUUCCAGAAAGCAAUACUAGUUUCGCAGUUGUUUGAAAGUUUGGAUGGGCAGUGAGUGCUUUCAUUUUGAAAAUGCAUCAUUCGUAAGGGACACCGUGAGGCACACUGGACUUGCGGGUGGUGGAAGGAUGCUCUGAAAGGCAGGCGCCAGAUGGCCAUCUUGGUAUUUCUGAAGGGAAGGGAGCCUGGCACUACCAGAGAUAGACAUUAAGAAGGGACAAGUAGGGGCGCCUGGCUGGCUCAGUCAGUAGAGCAUGGAACUCUUGACCUCAGGAUCAUGAGUUUAAGUCCCAUGUUGGGUGUAGAGUUUACUUUAAAGAAAAAAAAAUGGGGGUGGGGACAAGUAGCUUGGAGUGGGACCGUCAUUCCAUCGAGAAGAUACUUAGGAGCUCUGACUGUGUGCUGAGCACCAGGCCCCCUUCUCAGGUCUCCAGGGCCUUAGAGGUUAAGGUUGGUCUGAGUUCAUAACUAGGGGGUACAGAUGGGAUUGGAGGGCCUGCACUGCCCUCUGAAGCCUAUUGGACUGGGGACAGUGGGCACAAAUGGGACAGGGCACAGGGGAAGGGAAAUGGCCACUGCUGAGAGUGGUUCUGGUCAUGUGGAAGUGUUGGUCUUCAGGCCCCUGAGCAGGAGAGGACACUAGGAAGGGUGUGUCCUGUGAGUUUAAACGUUUACAGCCCCUGGGGCCCAGGCACAGGGGUAACAGUUCAUUAAAAUUCAUAGUUAGAGCCUGAAUCCCCCUCGGCCCCUGCAGAAUCCUCAACCAGAGAAACCUGUUGGGGUGUUGGCCUCCAGCCACUGCCGUGCCUCCCAGAGUCUGAAGGCCUGCCGCCUGCGGGGGGAUGGCUGGGCAGACGACCCUCCCCCGGUGACCCUCCCCCGGUGAGGCGAGUCGUCAGUGCACCAGCGCACACACAUGGUGGGGCCCUCUGGCCCGCAGCUUCAGGCCACAGGUGCUGUGGCUUUCCCCCUCAGGAGAGUGAAUCCGUAGACUCAGCACAUGACCUGGGGCGGGAGGGUGGAGUGGGGGGCGUGUCUACACCAACAGGCCCCACGAUCACCUGUACCCAGUGGGCUUUUCCUUCAGGUCCCAGCUCGUGGGGCACGCCCGCUCCACCAUGGCCUGGUCCCAAGACCUGUCACUCCAUCUUUGCCUCCCUCCCCACCUGCAGCUGGCACCCUUGCACACCAGCCAUCCAUCCCCGAACAGGAAGAACUGGGUCCGGAUCUGGGGUCCAAACUUUCUGGAAAACUCCUCCACCCACAGCUGCUCAGAAUCCCAGGCCUCCUGGGCAGGGCCCCCAUCUUCCUGAUCCCUCAGAAAGCAGGCCCUGGGGCUCCUCUUCCACAAAGCCCAAUGGCCACCAGGGGCGACGGGUAGCGACUUGUUCACCUGCGCAUGGACGGCCCGGACGAGGCCCUGCCCGCCGAGGCCCCUUGGUCUGUGAGAUGUUGCCUCUGAGGCUCCCCUGAUGGGGUUGGCCCUUUGGAAGAAGGCAUAUGCGCCUGGGGCUGCCGAGGAGGAGGGCACGCAGAGAGGAAGUAGGGAGCGCGCCAGGCGGGGCUGAGGAGCAGCUCGGGGACAGGGCAGGAGCGGGGUGCGGCCCGGGGGCUGAGGAAGGAAGCCUGAGCUUCCUCCCCGCGGAUGAGCUUCCAGCGGGACCAGCUCCUCAGAACCAGAUUCAGGAGCAUGAGAAACGAGGCCUCCCUGCUUGGGGACCUCAGUGGGUCCCCCUCUUGCCUUGAUGGCUGGUCAGCAUUUGUCCUACUUUCAUCCUUGCCUAGGCAACCAUCUGGGUUCACCCUUUGCCACCAGCCUACCCUGGGAGCCCACUCAGAGGAGGGGGCAAAGGACCGGAAUACAGAGAGCUGCAGGGUGGCGUGGGGGACCAGAGAGAGGGGAGUGAAGGGGGAGGAAAGGGGGGGAAGAGGGGCAGAGCUCAGGUGAGGAGGGGCAUUUUGACUCUGGGGUGCAGUGGGCGGGACUGCAGGUGGAGACAGGAGGGGGAGCAGAUUAUCACUCCUGAGCCCCAGGCUUAGGGGAUCUCAUUCCUGUCCUGCUGUUGCCACAGCUUGCCCCCACAUUUUACCCUAAUUAGUCCCCAACUGGAAAGUGGUGCGGCAUAUGCCUUCCUCUGGGAUUCCUACCCCUAGCGUGGCCCUUGGCCCAGAAGUCAGAGGCCUUAUCUCGCCUGCCCUCCCUCCUCUCCACGUCCCACCCUGCCCCCAGCCUGGUUUAUAGAGCUGGGUUGCAGCCUCAAAAGGGGUGAUGGAAUUUCCCUGGGGGUUGUCUUGUCAAGGAGUCUCUUAUCUUCCUGCCUUCGGCCAUCACUGGAGAGUGGAGGGGAGUUAGAUCGGGGUCAUUGUGAGGCCUCUGGAGCCAAACUUUGCAAACUGUGGGGUUUAAAGCUAGGGUGGAGUUGGGGAGGCCCUGUUUAACAUUUCUGUUUACUGAGGCCCCUACCCUGACCUGCCACGGCCCACCUCACUUAGCUCCUGACUGGUCUUUCCUGCCCCCAUUUUAUGACGGAGAUUGGGUCUUGCCUCACCCGCAUAGUCUUUUAAGGGGGGGACAGCUCCCUGGACAAGGUCAUUCUCUAGGGGUAUUGCACACACGGAACUACCUUCACAAAGGCUUGGCACACCCAAGACAGGAACUCACUUCGAGCAGGGACCCGGGGCAAUUCAGAAACCACAGUCAGCCCGAGGCUGUGUGUCUAGAGAGGACUGUCCCGGCACUGUGAAGAGACCCAAAGAAAGUGGAACUCAACCUUGAGAAACCAGCCAACAGAGCUGCUUGAAGACAUCUAGGAAGGAGUUAAUGAAGGAAAAUACUAGAACAGAAAAAACAGCAAGAUAAUUACACACAUAAUCAAUUGUAGCUGUUCCGUAAGAUGCAUGAAAUGUCAGGCUCACUGAUGUCACCGAGGGAUGGGAACCAGGAGGGCUUCUUAGAGCUUUGCUCUAAAGAGACGGGAAGAGAGUAUGUUAAGUGCCUACUGUGUGCCAGGUACAUUCACAUACGUGGAUCUUACUUCGUGUCGGUCCCUCAACAAAGCUGUGAUGUCGGUAUCCUCGAUUCCGAGAACGAGGAUCAGAAGUCAAGUCACCUGCCCAAGAUCACAGGAUCCUAUCUGUCGGCUGGACUGGGCUGCAGCCCUCCUUCCCAGUCUGUCAGACUGCUGAAAUGGCAGAACUUCGGCAACACUUCAAGGAAGAGGAAGGCUGUUCCAAGCUUGGGGGAGGAAGAGCAGAGAGAUGGCUUAGGGAAGGAAGUGUUGAAUCAGUUGACUUUAGAGCCUGGUUUGCCUACUUUGAAAAUCACAAGGGAGAAACAGUCACCCAGAUUUGCUGAUAAAUAUAUAUAUAUAUAAAAUCCUGACCAAGAUAGUGUCUCUGAUUCCUAAUCUCACCUCUCCUCCGGGCGUACCUUUCUCCCAUACCCCUCAGUCAGCGCAAACCCAGCCUGGACGUGCCACAGACCCUGGGGUUUGUUUUCCCCCAAUGAGGGCCCCCCGAGCCCCAGCCCAUGAGAAGAGAAGGUGGAGACGUGAGCGCAGACCCGUGCAGAUGGGGUGUGCAUGUGUGUCGGCCCCGUUCUAAGCACAGGACUUCAUCCCCACAGCCCUCCCCGGGAGCUACUGGCACCGACGUCCCCAGUCCGCAGGUGAGGCAGCUGGAAUGAGGAAAGCGUUUCACCCAGGGACACAGGGUAACAAGUGGCAGGGACCUGAAGCCAGGCAAGCUGUGUCCAAAGGCAUGUCCCGACCACCAUGCUCUGUGUCUCCCGCCAACAGCGCCGGAGCCAGAUGUCUGUGCCCGGCACGGUGAUGCUCUUUCCCCGUAUUCGCUCCCGCAGGAAAGGAGGAGGUAAAGACUCGGCCUCUGGUUAAGCCGAGUGGUCUUCCCCUAGGGCCCGCUUCGCCUUGUGGACGCGGCACCCAAGGGGGCCCAUGUCAACGUCUGGGGCUCCUUGGACUCCAGCUGACUUUGCAGGGCAGGAUUGCAAGGUCCUCUGUCCACCUGUCCCAUUCGGCCCUCACACUGAAGGGACUUGUGGGUUCCAUCAACAGCCCCUGGCGGUGGGAGGAGGAGGAAAGGGGGGCCGAAUCCCUGAUAGACCCAGCGGCGGGGCAGGAAUCAACAGGAAUUUGAUCGUUAGUCCUAUGGAGUGAUGUGCCGGGCCUUCCAGGCUUCCUUCUGCUGAUGAUGCAUCGAGGCGACCAGCCCUGCUGUUCAGGAUCAUGCUGGACCUUAGGGCAGGGUGUUGAAGGACGACAGCCCAUGAGAACAUACUAACCGCUCUGCGCCUCACUUUGCAGCCCGGCCUUAGGCGAAGUGAGCAUUCACCCCACCUCUGCCCAAGCCACAUUACAAAGCUUUCUCAUUCACCAACAGGGAUGUUUCCCACCACCAGGCUCUCCCAGCCAACGGAGGGAGGGUCCCUUCCCCACCUUAGUCCCCCUCCCCGAGGGAGGUCAGUCUGGAGCUGUGGCAUCUAACCUGGCCAAGCACAGGGGCUCCCCCUCCUCUCUGCUGCUUUUUAUUUAAUAUUUUUUAUUUAUUUAAUUUUUAUUUUAUUUUUAAGUAAGCUCUAUGCCCAAUGGGGGGCUUGAACUCAUGACCAUGAGUGAGAUCAAGGGUCACGUGUUCCACCAACUGAGCCAGCCAGGUGCCCCUCUCUGCUUCUUCUAAGUUGUUUGCAAAAUCAGAGGGGGUCAAUGGGUACAUAUUGCAUUAAAAAUAGAGUUCUUAAUUUGCCAUCCACACGUGGUUGUGUGUGUACAAUGUUGUCUCUUUCCCCAAAGUGGGAGGGCGUGUUAUGUAAAAUGGCGAUAAUAGUACAAGGUGAUGCUUGUUAAUCACCACACUCGGGGUGCAGAAAGUGCCCGGGAAAUCAGGGAAGGAGGAAGGGUUCAACCACAAGUAAAUCAAAUGAUAGGAAACGAUGAAAAAACAGAAUAUGUGUCUCUUAUUACAUGAACUCAUUCCUUCACUUGCUCACUCAGCCUGGCCAAGGCUGCUUUUAGAUAGAGUUCCAGCGAGUUCUUCUAUUGUUUCCUCUGCUUGUUAAGUCUUAAAUAUGCCUGGUCAGCAACCGUAGCGUCUUCGGUUUUAAAAAACACAUAUUAAAAGCUAUUUUUGAAGCAAAACCUUCCUCUUGGGAUAAAACUUCCCUUCACUGGCUCUUGCCUUUGAAGCCACGCGUCCCCUGCUCCGAGCCAGCGCACCUCCUUGAGGUCUUUCAGUCUGGAGGCCUGCGGGGUGGCAGUGUGCCUCGGCCGUUUCCAGUUACACCCCUCGAGCUGAGGCUGAAGGGAUGGUGUUAGCAAGUUGAGUUUCCAAAGGGUCAAUCUUAUUUUGAACCAGCCUGUCGAAACAAAAUCAACUCAACCCAAAACACAUACAAAGCAAAUGAAUGUAUCUGUGUGCAGAUUUACCUUAAAAAUACAAGGGCGAGUUGCAAAGGGCCCGUGGAGCUUCCAGGGAGGGGAGGAGGAUCUGUUUCAGCUUCCCCAACAUAGGAGGUGAAGACAUGGCACCCCAAACCAGGUCCUGGCCCUGGGUGGUUAAGAUUGGGCUCGGGCCUGGAAUGACCCACACCUCCUCCCAUCCUUGGGCCCAGGAUUGGGGCAGAUGACCGAGAAAGCACGCACUUCACCUGCGGAGGCCUCCUCACCCUCCCCCACGGCAGAGGCCAGGCCGGGCACGGGGCAUCACAAGGACGUGGGCAACAGAGGAAAGGGCAAGGCUCACUCCUCAGCCUCACACUGGGCUGACCCUUCGCUGGCACUGACACUUGCUCCCCUGCUCCUGCCCCAGUCUCGUUCAUCCCCUUGGCCCUCUGGGGUAGG